AUGGCCCCCUCCCCGCCCGGCCAGACGAGCGCCGCCAAACAGCCCGGCGGGGACUAUUUGACGAGCAAAUAUUGGGCCCGGGCGGCCCUCCCCCGGCCUGGGUGCCUGGCAAUAGACCCUCCUUCGCCCCCGCCCCCGCCGCCUCUCGGGUUCUCCAGCCGGCGGCGGUGGAGGCGACCAUCUGGUCCCAAUUAUCCAUUAACCACGGCGCCCUCCUGCUCCGCCGUCCCCUCCGCGCCAGCCAGGCUCUCCCUGGGCCCCGGGCCCCGCGGAGGGGAGGGGCGGCGCAGGGGGAGUGGGGCUGGCCGGGGACUCGAGGCCGGCACCCAGUCGGGGCGGCCUUCUGCCAGGAGCGCCCGGAGGGGCAGCCCCCAGGCGGGGUCCGCAGCCGCCGACCGGGGCCCGAGACGCCCUCCCAGGCCUCUGCAAGGGCCGGGAAAGCCGCCAGGUGCCCGCAGGGCUGCCCCUCUCUCCAGAGCGCACGGAGGAGGACGGCGCCUCCUGGCCCGAAGGGCGCCGCCUCCGCCUCUCCAGCCCCCGCCCCACUCCGGGCAGCAGGACCCCGGCCGCCCGAGCCCUGCUGCUGCUGCCGCCGCCGCCGCUACAGAGGAAGGGCCUCGCUCCCCCACCGCCCACCCGGAGACUCGGAAGGAGGGAAAGCGCAGCCGGGGGCCGCCCCGACAACUCGGAUUCCGGGCAGAGCCCGCUGGAGAGGGAGGGCGGAGGAGGCGAAGUUUGCGCCUCGACUCCUGCCCACAUCUUCGCCCCCCGCUGCUUACCGGGGAGCUGCCUGGGGACGGGGGAGGGGACGCGACGGGGCGCUGGAGAGGACACUUCUGGCCUCCCUCCUCCCCCUCCCCGGCCAUGUCGCCCUGGGCACCUAGCAAAGGCCGCCUCUCUCCACACUGGGAGGAAGAGGAGCGCCG